AUGUCCACAUUGAAUGCUUAUCGAUUCUAUAGGCGCUGCAACUGGCAAUGCUGGAGUACCGAUGGAAUGCUGCUGCUGCCGCUGCUAUAUUAUGGUAAUUAG